CCAUCUCAGCUCGUAAUCUCUUAGUCUCGCUAUGGAACUCGGAUCGCACCAGGCAGCAAAAGUCGAGCCGUUUGUGCUCAUGUCAAAGUCGGCCAAGGGCGCUGCUGCUGCAAAACUCGUCCAGGACGCCACUUCUGCCCCUGGCCUCUUUGUCUUUGCUGAGCUGCUCGAUGUACCAAGCAUCCAGGAGCUCGCGAACAAUCCAACGCAUUCCUCGUCCUACACGCUUCUACAGCUCUUCGCCUAUAAAACCUAUCAAGAUUACCUCCAACACAAAGACUCCCUCCCACCACUCUCCCAAACCCAAAUUACCAAACUCCGUCACCUCUCCCUCGUCACUUUCUCCAUGCAACGACGCAUCCUCCCCUACUCCGACCUCCUCUCCGCCCUCGAGAUCUCCAACAUCCGAGAGUUGGAGGACUUGAUCAUCGAUGCUAUCUACCUUGACAUCCUCCGUGGAAAACUGGAUCAGAAGGAACAGCAGUUCGAGGUGGAGUAUACAAUGGGACGAGACCUCGAGCCCGGGAGUCUAGGGAACUUGUUGGGCGCAUUGCAGGAUUGGUCCGACACCACGUCCUCAGUCCUCUCCGUACUCGAUGCCUCACUCGCCCGUCUCUCCUCCCAAUCCGCCCAACGUGCCAAAGAAUCCGAAGAACACGAACGUCUCCUCAAUCAACAUAUGAAAGAGGUCCAGGAUAAGAAUGAGAGCAGGCCUGGAGGGACUGCGAGGCGACCGCUGAGGAACGCAGGAUCUGCACGCAGUGGCGGUGGUGGGAGCGAGAGGUUGGGGGAGGACGUCGAGAUGGAGAUUGACGAGGUCAUGAUGGAGAGCAUGUCUAAGGGGAAGAAUCGGAAGGCUCCGCAGGAAACGAUGAGCAAGCCGCGGAACAAGCGGAACAGACUCUGAGUUACUUACACCGUCUCGGUUAGGCCUCAGCAAAGCCACAGGGAGAUAUACUCCAGGCAGGAAGUUCUUGACCGCCCCUUACACACCAUGUCGCAAUCUCGAUGUUUUCUCUCGCUCACUUACCAAUCGCCCCUUGUACAACACAGAUAUGUAUCUCAAUGUUUCGUUUAAAUGGGUUUGAUCUGCAUCAUCAAC